UGCAUAAAAGUCAAUACAUAUUUGCCAAAAAGAGAAACAAAUGUGAAGUGACAAUUAAAUAAACAAUAACAAAAAGAACCAUUAGGGGGAAAAAGUGGUUGAAACAAUUAAAAAAAAAGCAUCAAAAGAGACAAAAUUGGGGAGAGAGAGAGAGAGAGAGAAUUUACCCUUUUUGCAGUGAACAACUUGGAAGGAAUAGAGGAGAGAGGUGGAAAUGAAGUAAAAGAAAUUUAUAAGAAAAUCAAGUUGGAAGAGAGAGUGAAAGCAGAUGAAAGGUUCAAAAAAGUGAAACCGUAGAAUUUAUGAAGAUGAAAUGUUCAAAAAAGUGAAAUCGUAGAAUUUAUAAAGAGGCCUGUCCUCAUUCUAGUGGUGGGCAAAUCAAUCCCCUGCUGUUAGGAAGAAUGAAUCUGAGAGUGCUAAGGCUGAUCUUGUAUUUCGGGAUUACCCCUGAGCAGAAAUGCGGGAUUACCGGUUUUUGCACUCAUAGGUUCUUUGAAAAGCGGAGUCUUUUAGCUACCUUCUCCUCAAGGUAUGGUUUGAGUCUUGGUGUGGAACUCCGUUAGAAAAGAGUGAAUGGGCUUUAAUAUGUAUGCUGAAUUUUGUGUUAAUUGGAUGUUAUUUACUAUAUAAUCCACAAACUCAUGUUUUGAAUAUAAUUUUAAAGUUAAGAAGACUUGAAAUUUAAACAUUUUAUGAUGAAAUAGUUAAUUGGUCUCCAAUCAUCUUGGUAUUCUACAAGCAUGGAGGGUAUGAGGACAUAAUGUAAUCCAAUGGUUGAUUUGUCAUAUCUUUGAUCUUAUAGUCUUUAGGAUUUUCUUGGCUGCAUUAUGGGUGGUGUUUGUAGUUUUUUUAUUGAAUCCAAACUUUUUCAACUGGUGGUAGAGGAAGGGGGAUGGCAUUUUUCUUUAAGAAUUUUUGAGCGGAGUAGGUACUUCAUGAAGUCGGUCUUCAUGGGUAAGAAAGUGGCAUAAUGGCUAAUGAAGAGUUUAGAACAGCUAGUCGUUGGGAGCAGUCUGAAGUACUUUUACUCAUUCAGGGAAGGUGAUUCAGCCUACACCCUCCAACGGAGCUCCAAUUCUUUUGGCUUGUUCCUAUUGUUGACUGAACUUAAAGUUGGCGGGUCUAGGAGGUCCAUCAUCAUUCCAGUAGGCAGAGCAAAGAAUGGAUGGAGGGUUUUGGGUUAGAGUUAAGGAAGUUGCUGGAACCUGAAAACUAUGUGAACAGUGGGUAUGGGCAGUCGAGUUUUGUGGCUCAGCCUCAUAAGGAUAACUCUAGGAUUCAUCCUUUUAAAUCCUUUGCCAAUAUGGUGUGUGGGCAUGAGGUGCAGGUCAGGGGUAGAAACCAGUCAAAGUUGCAAAACCCAGCAAGUAAACAAAAAAUGGUGAGUGAAGCGCCAGUGAGCUUACCAGGUCCAGCGACUCUAGAAGGUAGAGCUGUGGGUUCUCAGUGCAGAACAGAAGAGCUUAACUUUGGAAAGACAAAUCCGGUAGGAUAUAAAAGGAGAUCUCUAUUGAAUUUCAAAUCUAAUUGGAUUGAACAUGUAUAUGGAAAUAAACGAGAACUGGGGAACUCUGACUGGGCAAGAAAAAGCUUGACUGUAGAAGUGUAUGGGGAAGGAAAAAGGAGGGUGGUGUGGAAUAAAGGUGGACUGAGGAAUUCCCAAUGGGUAACAAGGGAUCAGAGGGAGGACGUGCCUAGUGGUUCACAGGUUCAGAAUUCCCUUAUGGUGGGCUCAGACCAUGAAGGUACUCUUGUGGGCCUUCCAGUGUUCUCUAGUCUAGAGCCCACCGGCCCAUUGAGGUUGGAAGUGGGUGAAAGCCCAACUGGGGGGGGAACCGAUACUUUUAAGGAAGGAAGCCCACGCACCAGUGAUGUCCAAAGCAUCCCUCACUACAUUGGAGGCUCAGAACAUCACAAGGGCUGAUGCCGAUCCUAUCGUGGAGCCACCGGCACCACCGGUGACGGCUGGCACAGGGCGAUAUGAAGCUCCGGCAACAGUGGCGAGCUCGGCGACCCAAACCAAUGUGAGUGUUGGGCCAGCGAAGGCAUCGGUGAAGGUAUGUGGCCCUUUUUCCGUUGGGUCUCACGCCAAGGCUUCACCGACGACACGGGAUAGGGCUGAUACAGCUCCUUUCCACACCACAAAGACAGAUUUGGUGUCCUUUUCUUCAACCAAGCCUCUGGGCUGCCUUGCGGAGACUUCAACGAAGGCUGAGAGCCUUUUUUCUAGUGGGCUUUACGCCGGUGAGCCUUUUUCCACACUGGAUAAGGCAGAAACAGAGGGUGACAGGGCUUUAAUAGGUCUUGAGAUAUCAAAUUAUGUUCUGAGUCCACUGAGAGUUGGGUUUGAGGAAGGGGGUGUUCCAAGUGGAGAUGAAGGUGAUCAGGUUGGGGGUGCAAGUGAUAUUCAGGGGAUAGACACCACUGAGGUCGAAACAGCUUAUGCAGUUGAGGCCUUGGGUGAUGUGGUGAGUUCUUCCCCUUUGGUGUCUAUUAAUCCUCUAGCUCUGGGGGUGGCUGUGACGGCUGAUUUGGAUUGUAAUACUGAGGUGAGGAGGUUGGAUAACACUUCGAAGGUGUCUAAUUGGGUGAAAUAUAGACUCCCUGGUUUCAGUAAGAUGAUGGGGCUUUCUUUGGGAUUUUUUUUGAAAAUAACUAUAAAAGUUAAACUAUUUUAUUAGUUAGUCAAGGUUUGAAAUUAUUUUGUUAUCUAACGACUCGAGUUUAUAAUACUCGAUUUCACUGUAGCAAAUCGACUUUAACAAACUCGAUUUCCAUGAGGUUAAGUAAAAGGAAACCAACGCUAGCCAGAAACCCAGAAAACGCUAGGCAGGAAGACACCAACAGCAACGCAGGAACACACCAACAGUAACGCAGCCCAGGAUCCAACGCAGAAACCCAGAAAAACGCAAGAAGAAACCGUGAUUUUUGGGUUUGGAUUUUUGCUCCGAUUGAGAUCGUGAUUUGGGUUUGGGAUUUUGAGAAAUGGAUUUAGAUGAAGAAGGAAGAAUUGGCUUGGGUUUUUGGGGGCUUGGAAGAAGGGAAGAAGAUGGUGAACAGUAGCAACGACAGAAAUCGAGUCUGUUAAAGUCGAUUUGCUACAGUAAAAUCGAGUCUACAAGACUCGAGUUAUUAGAUACCAAAUUAGUUUCAAACCUUGGCUAACUAAUAAAAUAGUUUGGCUUUUGUA